AUUUAUUUAAAAAAAUUAAAGUGUAAAGAGCAAAAAUGGGAUUGCAUUUAGCACCACUUUAUCUUUUUCAUGAGUAGCUCGCCCCCAAUUUCUGUCCUCUCUUAAUUGUCUGAGUAGUGGAAGAAUCAAAACGCCGACGCCAGCAUCAUCAUCAUCAUCAUCAUCAGCCAUAGCUAACAAGGAGUCCAAGCCCGAUGCCCUUCUCUCCGUCGAAUUUCUCUCUCUAAAAAACCCCAUUUUCUCUAUCUAGAUCUCGCCCUUGCUGUUUCUCUCUCUCUCUUCGAAAUCACUAAUUUUUAUCAGAGUUUGGCUUUAACAAUUCUUUCUAGGGUUUGAUGCUGAAAGCAGUAUGCAGCUGAUAGUGGGGAGAAAUGCAAAGAUAUCAUGCUGCCAGCUGCGCUAGUGCAGUUAAUAAUAGUGCAAUAGGAGGACCCUCGGCUAGGGAUACUGCCCGGGCUGACUCAUCUUCAUUAGCACCUGACUUAUCAUUGAAUUCUAGGCGGCAAUCUCAGCUAGCACCCUACAAGUUAAAAUGCGAUAAGGAACCUCUUAAAUCCAGACUUGGCCCACCUGAUUUUCAUCCCCAGUCCCAAAAUUGUCCCGAGGAGACUCUCACUAGAGAAAAUGUGCAGCUGGGAUAUAAGGAGACUGUUGAUGGACUGGAGGAUUCUAAAGAGAUUUCGUUGACUCAGGUUCAGGCUUUUACAAAGCCAGUUGUUCUGAAAUGCAGAGAUGCAAUUAGAAAGUGUCUAAGGGCUAUCAAUGAAUCUCGUGCACAAAAGCGGAAGGCUGGCCAGGUUUUUGGUGUCCCUCUUUCUGGUCCACUGCUAAGUAAGCCUGGGGUUUUCCCCGAACCAAGGCCAUGCAAUGAAGAUUUCAAAAAGAAAUGGAUUGAGGGCUUAUCACAGCAACACAAACGUUUGCAUUCUUUGGCUGACCAAUUUCCUCAAGGGUAUAGAAAGAAAACAUUGAUAGAAGUUCUUAUCAGGAAUAAUGUUCCAUUGCUGAGAGCAACUUGGUUCAUCAAAGUAAAUUAUCUUAAUCAGGUUCGCCCUGGUUCUGCAAUUUCUUCUGGGGCACCUGAUAAAACUCAAUUAUCUCGCUCCGAGCUCUGGACAAAAGAUGUUAUUGAUUACUUGCAGUACCUUUUGGAUGAAUUUUUUUCAAGAAAUAAUUCUCACUCUACUCAACACAGUAGAGAUCAAUUGCCACAAAUGCUUUAUGCUGGGUCUUUGCAGCAUAGGAGUGACCCAGCAUCAACAAUUCUUGAUGGUGAGGAGCCAUCCCUUCAUUUUAAAUGGUGGUAUGUAGUGCGGCUCUUGCAAUGGCAUUAUGCAGAAGGACUGGUUCUUCCCUCUCUUAUCAUUGAUUGGGUUCUGAAUCAACUGCAGGAAAAGGAAUUGCUGGAGAUUCUGCAGUUGCUAUUGCCUAUUAUUUAUGGGGUUCUAGAAACCAUCAUUCUAUGUCAGACGUAUGUACGUAAUCUGGUGGGUAUAGCUAUUCGCUUCAUCCUGGAGCCUUCUCCUGGUGGAUCUGAUCUGGUUGAUAAUUCCCGGAGGGCAUACACAAUUUCUGCUUUGGUUGAGAUGCUUCGAUAUUUGAUACAGGCUGUGCCGGAUACAUUUGUUGCUUUAGAUUGCUUUCCUUUACCAACUUGUGUAGUCUCAAAUGCAUUUAAUGAUGGCAGGUUUUUGUCAAAAUCAUUGGAUGAUGCAGGGAAAAUAAAAUAUAAUUCAGCAGAUUCUUAUGUUCUCAAAGGUAAAGGAUUUGAUUCUCAAUACCAAUCCCUAUCAUUUGAUCGUGUUGUUUCCACUAUCCAGAAACGUGCUGAUAAUCUUGCUAAAGGUGCAAGUGCUGGAUAUCCUAGCCAAAAUGUGGCUAAAGCUGUGCAGACCCUGGAUAAAGCUCUUUUGCAAGGAGAUCCAGUCAAGGCUUAUAAGCAUAUCUUUGAAGAACUUUGUGAUGGAGCAGUUGGCGAAGGUUGGGUUGCAGAAGUCAGUCCAUGCUUAAGAUCUUCACUAAAAUGGAUUCAAACUGUAAAUUUGUCAUUGAUUUGCUCAAUUUUUUUUCUUUGUGAGUGGGCAACAUGUGAUUUUAGAGACUUCAGGACUGCACCACCCCGUGACUUGAAGUUCACUGGCAGAAAAGAUUUUUCACAAAUAUAUCUUGCAAUUCAGCUUUUAAAGCUAAAGAUGAGAGAGUUGCAGAAUCCACAACACAAGAGUGGUAGGGCUUGUGGGGUUAAUUGCACUGCAAAGAAUAUCAGUCAGCAGAAUAACUAUUCCAGCCGGAAUUUGAUGGGAAAUGUAUAUGAAGCUAAGAGCAAUGGAAAAAGUGAGGAUGGAAGUAGAAAUUCUUCAGAUAUAUUUGGCAGCCCAGGUCCUCUGCAUGAUAUUAUUGUGUGCUGGAUUGAUCAGCAUGAAGGGUAUAAGGGAGAAGGUGGCAAGCUCCUUCAGCUUUUUGUAUUGGAACUCAUAUGUUGUGGAAUCUUUUAUCCUCAGGCAUAUGUGAGGCAGCUGAUAGUUAGUGGAAUUAUUGAUGCAAAUGGAGCUAUGGGUGACCUGGACAGAAGGAGGAGACACCACCGAAUCUUGAAGCAGCUCCCUGGGCAGGUUAUUCUUGAUGCUUUAGAAGAAGCAAGAAUUGCUGAAGGCUCAGAGCUGCUGGAGGCUGUAAAUGUUUACUCAAAUGAACGUUAUCUUGUGCUUCAUGGGCUUCUUUUUGACAAAUAUAAUAAUGCAAGCAAUCCUCAUGCAUUAGCUAAGAAGCGGAAGUAUCAUUCUAUCUCAGGAAGGGAUGGUGCUUCCCAAGUCUCAGAUGAUCAGUGGAGAAAUGUUCAGUUUUCAAAGACUUUCAGGAGAAAUUUGGACCUUGAAGAACUGAAGGCUUCCAUCUCAGUGCUGUUGCAAUUUCCUAGCUCCUCUUCUACAUCUGCAGAUAGUGGAGUGGAUGAGUCUCAAGGGAGUGUCAAAAUGCCUGUUGGGUCAACAUGCAACAAGAUGGAUUUGUUUGAAGGUACUUCUGGGUGUGAAGAUUGUAAAAGCGUGAAAAGACAGAAAUUAAUUGAGGAAAAGAGUUCAUGUCUUCAUAUACAUUCACCAAUUUCAUCAGAUGAUGAAGAUACUUGGUGGGUGAGGAAGAGGCUGAAAAACUUAGAGUCCUUUAAAGUUGAUCCCCCACUUAAGUCAACGAAGCAAGUUUCUCGAGGUAGGCAAAGGACUGUGCGUAAAACUCAGAGUCUUGCUCAAUUAGCAGCUGCUAGAAUUGAGGGUAGCCAGGGUGCAUCCACAAGUCAUGUAUGUGAUAAUAAGAUAAGCUGCCCACAUCAUAAAACUGAGGUGGAAACUUUGAAGCCAGUGGAUGGGAUCAGACCAACCCAUUUUGGAGAUAUUGUUUCGAUUGGAAAGGGUUUAAAGCAGCUUCGCUUUGUGGAGAAAAGGAAUGUCACAGUUUGGUUGAUAUCUGUAGUUAGGCAGCUUGUUGAAGAGUCCGAGAAAUCUCUGGCCAAGAUUGGCCAGUAUGGCAGGCCAUUUGUUGCUGCUGAUGAGAAGUGUCCUUUAAGGUGGAAGCUUGGUGAGGAUGAGCUAUCAGCUAUACUGUAUGUAAUGGAUGUUUCUUGUGAUUCAGUUUCAGCUGUCAAAUUUCUCCUUUGGUUGUUGCCAAAAGUUAUUAGUAAUCCCAGUCCUACGGUUCAUAGUGGGAGAAACAUUCUAAUGGCGCCCAGAAACAUAGAAAAUCAUGCAUGUGAAGUGGGGGAGGCAUACCUUUUAUCGUCUCUCCGAAGGUAUGAGAACAUACUUAUUGCCACAGAUCUUGUUCCUGAAGCUUUGUCAGCUACAAUGCGUCGUACUGCAGCAGUUAUGGCCACUAAUGGAAGAAUCACGGCUUCAGGAACCCUUGUUUUUGCUCAGUAUUUGUUGAAGCGGUAUGGCAAUAUUGCCAGUGUAAUUGAAUGGGAGAAGAAUUUCAAGUCGACUUGUGAUAAGAAACUUUUGUCUGAACUUGAAUCUGGAGAGCUCGGAGUUCCAGCAGGGACUGAAGAUGCGGAUGAUUAUUGCCGUCAAAAGAUUACUGGUGGACGGUUAUCCAGAGUGGGUUUAAGCAUGAGAGAUAUGGUUCAGCGUUACGUUGAUGAUGUCCUGCCCUAUAUCUUAAGUAAAGAGAGAGAGCCUUUUGCAGCCAAUGCACCAAAAAGUCCUGCUACUGAAAAAGGGGAUUAUGGUUAUCAAGUAGCACAACAAAUCAUAACGGGACUAAUGGACUGCAUUAGGCAGACUGGUGGUGCUGCUCAAGAAGGGGACCCAUCUUUGGUAUCUUAUGCUGUUUCUGCCAUUGUUAACAAUGUUGGACCAACCCUAGCAAAGAUACCUGAUUUUACUGGUGGCAGCAUUUUUUCAAAUUAUCAUCCACCUAUGAAUUCCUUGAAUUUUGCUAAGCGCAUCUUCCGCAUUCAUUUAAUUUGUCUAUGCCUGCUAAAGGAAGCUCUUGGAGAGCGCCAAAGCCGGGCAUUUGAGAUUGCUCUUGCAACAGAGUCUUGUUCUGCUUUAGCAGUUGCAUUUGCUCCUGCAAAGUCCUCUAGAGUUCAGUUUCAGUUGUCCUCUGAUGCUCCUGAUUCUAAUGCAAACAUAUCUGGCGAUAAUUUGAAUGGUUCUGCCAAAGCUACUCUUGGGAGACCAGCCAAAAUGGCAGCUGCUAUUUCUGCACUUGUCAUUGGGGCUGUUAUUCAUGGGGUUAUUAGCUUGGAGAGAAUGGUAACGGUCUUAAGAUUAAAGGAUGGUUUGGAUGUUGUUAAGUUUGUGAGGAGCACAAAGACCAGUUCUAAUGGUAAUGCCCGAUCUGUUGGGGCUUUUAAGAUGGACAGCUCAGUUGAAAUUUAUGUGCACUGGUUUCGACUGUUUGUUGGGAACUGCAGAACUGUUUGUGAUGGACUAGUUUUGGAACUCUUGGGUGAACAAUCUGUUGUAGCUCUUUCAAGGAUGCAGAGAUUGCUUCCUAUUAAUUUGGUCUUUCCACCUGCUUAUGCAAUAUUUGCGUUUGUUAUAUGGAAGCCAUUCAUUUUGAAUAGUAACAAUGCAAGUAGUGAAGAAAACCCUCAAUUGUAUCAGUCUUUAACAAUGGCCAUUGGCGAUGCCAUAAAACACAUACCUUUUCGAGAUGUUUGUAUGAGGGAUUGUCGUGGUUUUUAUGAUAUUGUAGCUGCAGAUACCACUGAUGCCGAGUUUGCUGCCUUGUUACAGUUGAACGGUUUGGACGUGCGCUUGAAAUCCGUGGCCUUUGUCCCUCUCCGCGCAAGGCUCUUUCUAAAUGCUAUAAUUGAUUGCAAGAUGCCCUAUUCUGUUUUUACACAGGAUGAUGGUAAUUGGGUUUCUGGUCAUAGCGAGUCUAAAGCUCUUCAAGCGAAGAGUCAGUCAAAGCUUUUGGAUAAGCUUGUUUGUGCAUUGGAUGCUUUGCAACCAGCUAAAUUUCAUUGGCAGUGGGUCGAGCUAAGGCUUCUUUUAGAUGAACAAGCACUAAUUGAUAAGAUGGAGAACCAUGACAUGUCCUUGGUGGAUGCUAUUCGCUCUUCCUCACCCAGUUCUGAAAGAGCUUCUCCUUCUGAGAAUGAGAAAGUUUUCAUUGAGAUCAUCCUCACCAGAUUGUUGGUCAGACCUGACGCUGCUUCCCUUUUCUCAGAGGUGGUUCAUCUUUUUGGAAGGUCAUUAGAGGAUUCAAUCUUGAUGCAGGCUAAAUGGUUCUUGGGGGGCCAGGAUGUUCUUUUGGGACGGAAGUCUAUCAGGCAACGGCUCAUCAAUAUUGCUGAAAGUAAGAACCUUUCUACGAAGACCCAGUUUUGGACGCCUUGGGGUUGGUCUUAUUUUGGUGUUGGUCCUGUGACAAUUAGGGGAGAUAAGAAGUACGAAAUUACAUCUUUCGAGGAAGGUGAAGUCAUUGAGGAGGGUGUGGAGUCAAAAAGGUAUGUGAAAGGUUCCACUCAAGUUGAUGUUGAAGGUUCAAAUAUCAGCCAGCAGCAUGUAACCGAGAAGGCUUUCAUUGAAUUGGUUCUUCCUUGCAUAGACCAAAGCUCUGUUGACUCGCGAAAUACCUUUGCAAGUGAUUUGAUAAAGCAAUUUAACACUAUUGAGCAACAAAUAAACUCAGUUAUCCGUGGCGUAAGCAAGCAGACUGGAACAGCAUCCUCUGGAAUUGAAGGUUCUACUAAUAAAGGUAACAAUCGUAAAGGUAUAAGAGGUGGUAGUCCUGGAUUGACUAGACAAACUCCAAUGCCACCCGUGGAGGCUGCACCUCCUACACCUGCAGCUUUGCGAGCUUCUAUGUCAUUGAGGUUGCAGUUUAUUGUGAGAUUGCUGCCAAUCAUAUGUGCAGAUGGGGAGCCAUCAGCACGAAACAUGAGGCACAUGCUUGCCUCUGUAAUACUUCGACUGCUUGGAAGUAGGGUUGUGCAUGAAGAUGUGGACCCAUCUUUUAAUCUCCUACAGUUGAAGAGGAACAUGGAGCUCAUGUCAUCUGUGGUGUCUGCAGAAAUGUCUGGAGAUAGUCUUUUUGAUAGCUUAUUGUUAGUUCUACAUGGGCUGUUAAGCGGUUGCCAACCAAGUUGGCUAAGGUCAAAGACUAACAAGGAUUUUUCUGGAUUUGACCGUGAGGCUUUGGAGAAUUUGCAGAAUGAAUUGGAUUCUAUGCAAUUACCUGAGAUGAUUAGAUGGCGUAUCCAAACUGCAAUGCCAAUAUUAUUUCCUUCUUUUCGCAAUUUGAUCGCCUGCCACCUACCUUCUGUCCCAAUUAGUGCUAUUAGUUUACUUCAACCAAGCAUGUUUGUCCCUGGAUCUUACACUGGAACUCUGAAUGCACCUCAAAGACAGGUUCCAUUGACAAGAACUGCAAAUAAUAUACGGGGAAAAUCCAAGUCAAUGCCAUUACUACAGGAGUAUGAUAUGGAAAUUGACCCAUGGACACUUUUGGAAGAUGGAACAGGAUCAGGUCCAUCUUCAAGUAGCACUGCUGUCAUUGGCAGCUGUGACCAUUCUGAUAUUCGAGCCUCAAGUUGGCUUAAGGGGGCUAUAAGAGUGAGACGGACAGACCUGACAUAUAUCGGUGUUGUGGAUGAUGACAGCUGACUUUAGGUUUGACUUCAUUUUGAUUUGGUCUAUGGUUAGACCCCCACAACAGUUAGUUUAAUGGCAUCAAAGUCAUAUCUCUUGCCUCUCCCAUGUUUGGUAGUUGAGGGAGAACUGUUGGUUGGGGCAAUUUUUUUCGGUUGGAGGGGUUGCAAGGGUGGGCUCGGCAAUGCUGGAGUCAGUGUAGAAGAAUGUCAAAGAUGUGCUCAUGCAGGCCAUCUAUUCAGCAUGCAGAGGCACCACCAUCUGGUCCGUAUACUCGAAGACCGCACACAAGUCCAAGCCCAAGUGGGUUGUGAGAUGCUGCCUGUUUAAGUUGUUGCGGGCAAAGGACAGGAAAAGAUCGAGACCAGCUCAGCCCGCGACACAUUCACACAAACACAAAUGGACAUGCAGAGGCAAACAAAUAAACAGGUUUGGAAUGUCUGACUAGGUCAAACCUAUGAAGAACUUGACAAGGUCAAAUGGACACCUUGUAGUUUUGACCUUGAUUUUUUUUCUUUUGUAUUUCUUGGACUAACUGAAACGAUGAUUGUCUAUAAAGUCGUGUAGGCAUUGACCAUGUUACAGUCAGAAUGCUUCUAACUUGACCACUAUAGUAUAAUAAGAAAUAUCUUCAAAUUUUAUUAGUUUAUUUUUUUUCCUGGACUAUUUUAAAAGUGCGUUACUUUAGAAAGGAGUAAACUUCAACCUUGAAGCUCAAAUGAGGACAAUUGAUAUGUUGUUUCUCACUGAAGUUGAAGAUUCGCCCUCUCUAAAGUGAAGAUACCAAUUCUGGAAUGAGAUUGUGUUUAUCAUGCCUUCGUUUUCCUAGUUCUGGGAGGUAUAAAGCUUGUCCAAGGUUAGUGGGUUAAUUAGUUUCUCUCCCUCCCAAAUAGGAUGCUUAUAUUCUUUGGAGGGAGCAUUUCAUUUGUAGUUAUUGUAGUAUUAUUAAUCAAUUAUAAUCUAAAAUUGUAGGGGAUUUGUCAAAAUUUAUGUGAAAUUUACAUUUGUAAGUGAUGGAUUUUUAAAUAAUUUUAUAUUGUGAUUAGAUAAUUGUAAAAUUAUGAUAAAAAGAAUUGUAGAUGACAUUUGGGGAUGGCAGCCAAACCCAUCCCCAAUGGAUUCUGAUUUAAUCGAAC